AUGCAACGAGUGGUGCCUCCCAGUGGCCCAGUACAUGUCAAAACAGUGGAUAGCACGACUCAGAGAAAGACGCCGCCCAUCCCCACCUCCGGCAAUAAGACUGUGCCUGCAGCAGCCCCUUCUGGUGCUGGAGCUGGUAGUGGUGGUGUUGUUCGAGCCAUACCUAUUUGCACAUCGGCAAAAACGAUGGCGGCCCCAGUCGCAUCACCACCGCCACCACCAACGACGACGACGACGACAACAACAACAGCACUUGCAGCAGCAGCAUCUGCAGUGCCACAAUCUCACAGCACACCUCCACAUGCAUCGGGUGGCGGUGGGACUGCAGUGACUGUGAGUAAUAACAACAGACUGAGCGUAAGCGAGGAGGCCAAGCGGCGGGCGGAAGCCCUGCGACGGGAGGCUGAAGAGAGGGCGAAGACGAAACGCCUAUCGGCAUCAAAGAAUGCGGUACAUUCACCGAAGGAUACAGAACCAACGGGAAGACCCCAACCAGUGUUGGGCGGCGCCACAAAACCCAUCUCAGCAACAGCAGUAAUGCCUGGGGGCACCGCACAACCACCUGUAGGGAAGGUGGUGAAGGGGCCACCAGAUGUUAAGGAUGCCACUUCAGCUUUGAAACUGGAGGUGAAUGUGCGGGGAACGGUAGAGCUCCACGCGGUGAAGCCUGCUGUGCUGGUUGUACAGGCAGAGUCGGCGGUUCAUCCAAGCAGAAGACGGUUGGCGCCGUCACGCCAGGUCGAAAGAACGACAUUUUUGGCGUCACCGUCCGCCCGCGGUGCGACUGUGGGGGAGAUUCGUGACGCCGAGCCGCCUGCCGCUAUAGCUGCGCCAAGUUACGGACUGGGACUGCAUCAGCAACAGCAGGUGGAUGAGGAGGUGCACCGACAUCCAAAGCGGAUGCUUCUCCUGAAGGAGGAAGAAUCGCAGCGGCGAAAGCUGCAACGACUCGAAACGGUGGGGCGUGCGGCGAUACUCAACGAGAUUGUGGACAAACAGCAAACCCUCAACCGACGUCUGUCCUACAUGGAUGAGAGACCAUGUAGCAGGAAUCGAACUCCAUUAUGCGCCACCGGCCGAGAAUUUUCGAGGAAAGUAGAGGGUGAAAGCCACCCAUUCUCCACGAAUGCCACGCAGAACGGUACCGCCACAUACAACAGUCGACCGGAAAACACCCGCACACCCGUGAUGGGCCCCGCAUCGGCCAACAUCACCACCUUAGAUGACACUGAUUCUACUAGUCCCUGUCCCGAGACGCCCAGCACCGCCUUGUCCGACGCGGCGAGGGACCGGCGGCGGCAGCGGCGCCUAAGUGCUGUUCGCCGCCGUCGCCACACGCAGUUGAUGGAUAUGCCGCCAUUUGAAAGCGGUGCACACGUGCGAUCGCUAAUUGCAAGUCAAGUACUCCCAGAGAACAUUGACGAGGUGCAACCGCUGCGGCAAAACGGACGCGGAUCACGCCCCCGCCGACAUACCCACGGUGAGGAUAACAUCGUCAGCAACGACACAGUACCCACACACACGGCAUCAAGUAAAAAUUCAUUGGCUGAUAGAACUAACGUAAAUCAGCCCAGUUCUCCACGCCGCGCUGGCCUUUGGGAGGGGAAGAGGCCGUACGAUGCCGUACGCUCUUCAAAGUAUGCCAUCAAUUACAUGCAUCGGGCACGCCGGCCAUCACGCACACCGUCACCCACUCACCCGGAUGACCGUAAGAUCAACACGCUGCCGUCGUCACGGUCGGCUGUUGUCAGUCGGCCGAGUGCCCGUAACGAAAUGCCAAACCGCGAUGAUGACAGGGACAGCGGAAGUCUCCCACCGUUGACAAGUGGUGGCCGCCGCAGUAACAUUAGGGAAGGCACGUGGAUGCAGCAGCUGCUUGGCCACCAACAGCAACAACAACAACAACGUAUUCAGUGA